AUGGCCAAGAAAAACAAACUUCCCACCCCCUCUGCUGCUGCUGCCUCGAACAAGCGCCGCCGCAUCGCCGCGCCCCCGCCUGACCCGCCCGUCGCAACCUCCACCUCCGCCUCCGCAGCAGCUGCCGCCGCCGACAAGCCCACCACUACCACCGACAACAACAAUGUCGCCGGCACAAGCACGAACACGAGCACGGGCACAAGCUCAAACAACCCCCUCUCCGACGCCAUAAUCCACUUCGCGCCAGGCUCCAAGGUCCAGCAAAAAGUGCGCAGCGUGCUCGCCGCCCUCAACACCAACCCCACCACUGCCACGAACAACAACAACAACAACAACACGGGCGCAGUAAAAACACCUCCGCCGCUGCCGCCGUCCUCGUCCUACCCCGGCGUCGCGCACCUCGAGGCCCGCGCCCCCGCCGCCAACAAACUCGUCACCGUCCUCGAGAUCGCCAAGCGCCAGCUCGAAGCCGAGGGCCGGGCGUGGUGGUCGUAUGCGGGCGUGCGGGGCGAGCUGACCGUCGUGGAUCGGGCGCCGAAGGCCAAGGCGAAGCCGACAGAAGGAGAGAAGGAGAGCGAGAGUGCGCGGAAGGGCGAGGUGGGGGAUAAAGCUGAAGCUAGGGUGGAAGAGGACGACGACGACGAUGAAGAUGCUUUUGAGCCGCUCGGGAAACGCGCCUUGCUGCCGGAGAAAAAGGUCAGGAGCGUGGCUGUCAUGGUGGCAUAUUUGGCGACGCAGCCGGUGCCGGCGCUGAAGGCGCUGUACGGCGAGCAGUGUGGAGGAGCGUAG